AUGUCUGCCACUGAUGCUCAUGAACUUGGUGUCAUAACUCCCACAAACUGCACAGUCAUCCCCAAAUCACCCACUCAACCUUCACCUGCCAUCACAAAGGUGGGUCUCAUUUUUGCUAAUUCAGCUUCUCCCUCGACUGCAAAAACAUGCGGUGAAGGGACUGAUAGCGACACCUUGUCAGAAGUGUCAGAAUUUUCUGAACAUGUUUUCAAUUUGGAUGUCUUACACUCUAAAACGCACAAUCACUCCGACAACGGCAACAUUGCUCCAGAAACUGAUUCUUGCUUGUUCCUGGAGACUGAAAGUAAGGAACUUACGCCUACUGUUGCAUCCAUCCGUGAUAAGAAGCUUGUUGAGAGUAAAGACAUUCCCUCUAAAAAGGUUGACAAUCACUUAAUCACUGAGGAUGCCAAACCACGCAAUGCAACAGAGGAAUUGAUAGUGAAUGUUGCUAUUGAUCCAGAUAUGGUCACAACCCUUGAGGAUGCUCUCAUUUGCCGCAUUCAACUCUUCCUCAAUUAUGCCAACAAAGAAACCCAUACUUACAGCAUUGACACUUUGCCAGACAUUGAUGCCUGGGGUCUCGAAAGAUGUAACAAAGAUUGGACCUAUUACCUUUGCGAAAAAAGAACCAAUAACCCAUUCACAAUUUGGGUUGCAGGUAACAAAACUAAGUGA